GUUUAAAUAUCUGUUUUAUUUUCACGCAAUGCUACUAAUGAUAAAUUUUUACCAAUUCGGAGUACUUAGUAUAUAAAUACUUUCAUUUUUUAAAUAAAGACAUAAUUGAUAAUUUUAUACACACACGUCCGAUUUUUUGUCAACGGUUCAUUCUAAAAUCCCAAAUUUCUCCACCGCGAACAACACUGACUGUCAGAUUAUCAGUUGACAAUGCGUAAGAAUUACUGUUAAAUACCCUUUUCAUGAACUUCUCUUUGAAAACAAAAUGCAGGGAAAUAUUUCAAAGCUUCGUCAAUCUUUCGAUAUUUUCAUAUCUAAUUUUACACUAUUACAUUUUAUUUUUCUAAUAAUGAAAUAACACUCCAGUUUGCAAUAAAUCCCGUGUUAAAAAUCAAUUCCUACUCCACCAAUCAAACAUCAGAUCUUAUUUGACUGACAUCUAUAGGUGUUAUCACUCGACGUAUUGGGCGGAGCUGAAUAUUCAAAUCACCACGUAGAUAUCCAAUUUUCCCCUUAUAUUUGCAUACGUUAUAAAGUAAAUUUUAUCUCUCUCAUUCACAAGAGUUUUAAAAAACACUCGUCAAAGAUUCACAUCACAUCGAAAGAAAGAAAAAAGGAACAGCGCAGAGAAAAUUCCAAUUUCCCAUAAAUUCCCACUGGAAAAAAGGACACAGUGUACCAACUUCGUCCAUAUGUUGUGUGGUGACGGUUAGAAGCAUCUGAACUAACUACGAGAGAUCGGAAGGUCCCUGAGACGAAAUAUAAACUCUUCUACGUGCCUAAUCGCGGGUCUGUGACACGUUUUGCGGGAGUUUCAUUUACACUUCUCCGGGAGCUGAAAAGCACGUUUCUCUGUCUGUAUACUUUUGGUUUUUGAACAAUAACUUCUCCGUUGUAGCAUUACCAACAGAUUCUAAACCGUGCGUGAUUUUUUUCCCGUUUAAUCCGCAAGCCAGUAAUUUCGCAUUUCCUUUGACUUUCUUUGGGAAACACAGAUAUGGAAAACAUGACGUAAAAUUAAUUUCACGGAUUUCCUCAGUCACGUGGUUUUGCUGCAGAUAUGACUCUAUUUUUCGUUUGCGUGAUAUGAAGUGCAAAUCCAAGACGGCCGCCAGAACAAGACGCGAGAAAGAAAACGCCGAGUUCUAUGAACUGGCAAAGUUACUUCCCCUUCCGUCCGCCAUAACGAGUCAGCUGGACAAGGCUUCCAUCAUACGGCUAUGCACCAGCUAUCUCAAAAUGAGGACAGUCUUCCCGGACGGUCUAGGGGAUGGUUGGGGUCAAAGGUCACCUCCAAGAACUUUGCUGGAAAAGGAACUCGGCUCACAUCUUCUUCAGACAUUAGAUGGCUUCAUUUUUGUUGUGGCCCCGGAUGGAAAAAUAAUGUACAUCUCAGAAACAGCAUCCGUUCAUCUUGGACUGUCACAGAUUGAGUUAACCGGGAGUAGUAUAUUUGAAUACAUUCACCCCUCUGACCACGAGGAAAUGACCGCCGUCCUUACUUAUAAUCCAACCUAUUCAACUUCCGGUAUUGCAGAGUUUGAGAUAGAACGGUCCUUUUUCAUAAGAAUGAAGUGUGUUCUUGCGAAAAGAAAUGCCGGUCUCACAUCUGGUGGAUAUAAGGUUAUUCACUGUGGGGGGUACUUAAAAAUCAAACAUUACAAUUUGGAGAUGCCCCCUUAUGAGGGAUGUCAACAAAAUGUUGGACUAGUCGCCAUUGGACAUUCACUUCCGCCCAGUGCCAUAACGGAAAUGAAGAUGUUUAACAACAUGUUUAUGUUCCGUGCCAGCCUCGAUUUGAAACUCAUUUUUCUAGAUGCAAGGGUGGCUCAUCUGACUGGUUAUGAACCCCAGGACCUUAUCGAGAGGACCCUGUAUCAGUACAUUCAUGCCUGUGAUAUCCUACAUAUGAGAUUUGCUCAUCAUACACUAUUAUUAAAAGGUCAAGUCACCACAAAGUAUUAUCGAUUUUUGGCCAAAGAUGGAGGAUGGGUCUGGAUUCAGAGUUACGCCACAAUCGUGCAUAACAGUAGAUCGUCCCGCCCCCAUUGCAUCGUCAGCGUGAACUACGUUUUGAGCGAAGUGGAAGCCCGGGGUCUGCAGAUACAGUUAGAACAAACAGUUCACAAAGAACUGACGCCAUUUUCUACUAUGUCAGGAAGAUCUCCAGGAAAGGCAAGGUCUGCCAAGUCUAAACAUCGCCGAUCACCAUACUCACAGAGUGCAAACAGUCAGGAGUUCCCGUCAGAUUACGAAUUAGUUCCUGAAAUGGCUCCCAGUGACCUCUGUCACAUUAUACAGCCGAAUCACCACUACGAGGAUCCUAUGGCAAAGUUUGAACCUCUUUAUGGACCUGCAUACCCAGGCGUCUUCCACCCUGACUAUUUCCCUAACCCACAGUAUCAUCCCUCCACUCAAUCAUUCGCAGACGAUCGACUUCAUUGUAAAACUGAGACGGAAAAGUAUUUUCCAUAUAAAAAUAUGGACCACCUCUCGUCUUGUAUGAAUUCCUCUAGUCCAAAAUUAACUCACCUGGAUACGUCUACCGACGUCAGAACUGACAUUUCGCCACGAUUUGAAUACAGAUCGGCUGGACCAUGUUCACGAAGCAGCAGCCGUGAUGCUGUAUCCGGGUACCCAUACAGUAACCAAUCAGAGUCUUCGACGUCAGAAAUCGAUGUAGGUAACGAAGAGAUUGAGAAACGAUCUCUAUCGUCUACUUUUCAACAAAAUCUUGAUACCGGUCAAAACUCAAUCAAAGAGGAGCUAUCACCGAAGACGUUAACAGUGACAGACAGCCACCCACAGGCACGCAGUGUUCAACAAUCUGUGAUCACUCGUCACAGAACCAACAUCGAAGCUGGUACAUUGAGUCAUACUCAGAAAACAAUUCAGCAAAAUCAGGUGAAAUACCCGGAAACCGACGUUAGAUCUGAUCAACAUUUUCGCAAUCCACGUUUGAAUGGACACGAGAAUGGAAUGGACAUGCAGGCGAUACACGAUAGGAAUUUCAAUGCUCAAGAUAUUUAUUCGCACUGCCUACGUGCGUCUUGUGCUUACGACUCUUACAGCUGUCCCACAGAUUAUAGUCAAACCCCGAUCCCGACUCCAAAACAUUACUCGCCCGUUCCCCAACCGGGAUAUGCCAGUGUGAUUGUUGAUACUCAGCAGUACCAUAUAGCGAACGGUUAUGUCCAUUAAAAUGUGUCAUGGUGGAAAUCUAGAUCAAUGUUUGAAUUUGUGCAGUUUUAUAUUGUAAUAUCGAUAGUUUCGAUCAAAUCAUUGCCAAAUAUCAGUUGGUUUAUAAAUGCGUUGUUUAUAUAUAUAUAUAUAUAUAUAUAUAUAUAUAUAUAUCCAUAAGUUCAAAUUGGUGCUAUUUGAAAAAGAUGUUACUGCGAUUUCUUCUUAAGAAUAAUUUAAAUUUAAAUUUUUUGUUCAUUUAGUGAUGUUAGAUAGCAGUCCAUAUACUGAUCGUAGAAAAUGAAUAUGAUUUAUUGAUUGUAGAAAAUGGAUAUGAUUUAUUGAUUGUAGAAAAUGGAUAUGAUUUAUUGCCAAUAUUAUUAGCGAGAUUAUGUAGAUCUACUACGCGAAAAUAUUUUAAUUUCCGAAGGAGAGACGAUUUCGUUAUUUAGAUGCCCCAAGAUUAGAGUAUUCUCAAACUUCGCGAAACUGGCAUGAAUACAGGUAGUUAUAUAUAUGUGUGUGUAGGACAGGUGGAAACUGAGACAGUAAAAUCAUUAACUUAACAUCAUUAGCAUGUAACUGUGUAGAAAUUCAACGUCCAACUAAGAAGGGUCAUUUGUCAUAAACUUCUCACAUUGUACACCCCCCUCCUUAAGGUAACACUUGCAGGAAAUGAUUCAUGUACACUGGACAAUCGUUGCAAUUCCCGGGGGGCAGUUUUGUUGAUAUUUUACAUUUGGAAACGUCAUAUAAUUUGUGAAUUGGUGAAUUUCAUUGUUGUUUGUUUGUGGGAUAUGGUGUCUAGAAUUUUCACGAAAUAAAGGUCCCUGUGAAAUUUAAUGAUUCCGCGGAAUUAAGGCGGAUGCGUGUGUACUGUCUUGUCAUGUUUGUACAUCUGUCUCUUCUGAAAAGGUUUUUUUUUUUUUUUUUUUUUUUUUUUUUUUUUUUUAAAGUUUCCUAUCUCUUUAUAAAAUAGAAUACUGUAUCAGUGAUGCUGAGAUUCACUUCUAAUAGAUAAUAUCUUUCCCUAAUUCUCGGUCAAAUAGCAUCAGAGUUUCAUGUCUAUGAAAUUUUAAGGGAUGCAGUACAAACAGAGCAAAGCGUGAAAACGUUACUUUCUGUAUAUUGCUGAUGCAAUUGAGAAAAGUUCUCGACACUACUCGUAUUCAUCAUCUUCGUGCUUCAAACAUUUGUGAAGGAAAAUUCUAUUUGGUACUGUAAGAUACGAUUACCAUUAUCGAAAAACACGUGUUUACAAAGAAUAUUUUCACAAAGGUAGACCUACGUAAUCACUAAAAUAGAAAAUAUUAGAAUGUAUUGUUAAAACAAAAAGAUCUAACUGUGCUACACUUAAAAUAAUCUAAUCUGACUCUUGUGUAAUCCGUUUAACUGUCAUUUCCGAUUGUCUUUUGAACAUGGUUUUUACACUGUGAAACCCAACAUCCUGUCUAAUUCGAUACAAAAUCUUGUCUUCCAGAACAUGGCAGAGUAUAUGGGUAUCAUUGUAGGUAUAUUCUAGUUAUCCAAAAAAGUAACAGUAUGAAUUUAUUACAUUUUCUAUUGACAAGUAACAGUAUAAAUUUAUUACACCUUCUAUACGCGUUUUACUGUUAUAAACAUAUCUGUUUUUGCUGUACAUUUUGGCACUAUUCUCAAGGUAAUUUUGUGUUACCUGUUCAAAAAACAAGAUUCAAAACAUGAACAUAUUUAACCUGUAAACCAAUAAAACACUGCCUGUACGAUUUCACAUCGACUGUUGUCUGUUCUCUAACCGAUUUUUUUUCUAAAGCUUGAAUCAUCUAUACCCCCCCCCCCCUUUUUUUUAAUACAAAAUUUGACCGCAACUGAUAAUAACGCUCUUGAAGAAAUCGAUAUCGGACAUACAUAUCGCCAUGUAAAAAUCAAACCGAUAUUUCUAAAAUACCAUAUUUCGGAAAACGGACGCAUGGUUCCGCAUUUACAUUUGAUUUUGGCGUAGGCUGAGUAUAGGUCGACUUUAAUUAUAUGAAAAGCACGUCAGUGCGUGUAAUCAGAAAGUUGAAAGAUAUUAAUUCCAUUGUAACCAGAUAUUCCUUCAAGUUCUGAUUCGAAGUAAUGAUGUACAUGUAUGAGAGAAAUGAAAUGAAAGGGGCAUGGUCGAGUGAUCUGGACAUCCCAAUAAAAUAUACUCAGAAAGUGAAAUAAGAAUAUAUCCAAACUUAUGAUGUAUGCACCCGUGAUACAGGGAUCCAAUCCACAGAUGUAAUUUGAUUAAAUCCUGUACUAAAACACCGAGGUACUCGUUGCUUUGGUUGAAAAGGGGAAGUGCAGAUUUAUUCCACGGGAAGUAACUUAUAAAUGUUGAAUCCAGGAAUUAGAUUUUCAUCCAUUUUAACUGUAUACUAUGCCUGUUUGGAUGUCUGUAAAGAAGUAGGUUACUUGUGUGAGUAAACAGGGUUUAUUUUCAAUUUGUUAACGAGAAGCCAUAAUAAAACUAGACUGAACUUCAAA